AUGGAGAAGGUCGAGAAGAAGAUAUUGAGGUUCUUACAGAGCCCUCUUCAGGCUGAAGUCCUCGCUGACGUGCAUCAUUGUUCGACGAAAUGCUUAUGUAAAAGUUAUGCUUCUCUCCUGAAGAAUGAUGAUAAUCCAACAUCAACUGCUCCAAGAACUUUUAUCAAUCAAUUGCCUGAUUGGAUCAUGCUACUUGCUGCUAUCACAACCAUUUUCUUGGCUGCUGAGAAGCAAUGGAUGAUGCUAGAUUGGAAAACUAAACGCCCUGACAUGCUUUCGGAUCUUGAUCCUUUUGGUUUAGGUAGAAUGGUUGAAGAUGGAUUUAUACCAACAAGAAUUGGAGAAGGUACCCGUGACAAAUCAAUCAUACCCUUAACAGCAGAAGCAGCCAAAUCUGUCAAGUCAAAUAAUAAAGGAUUGGGCUUAGGUGUUGAUCAAGAGCGUGAAGGGGAGCAGAUUGAUCGGGCUUCACUGAAGAAUGUUCUAUAUAUAUUUAUGGAGAUAGGAAUGGGACAAAUGGACUACUAUGAGAAUGAUUUUGAAGCAUCCAUGCAUCAUGAUACAGCAGCAUAUUAUUCACGCAAGGCUUCCAACUAG